ACCCUCCUAAAAAUUUCACCUCCAAGUAUAAUAUCGUUAUGGACGUGGAUGACCAAAAAUCGUACCUUCAACAUUAUAACUGUGACCAUAAAAUUGAAAUCACUUCAACUUUAUUAGACGCAAUGAUGAAGUCAUAUAAAACUGUUAAUCCAACGUACCAAGCGGUUACUUUCUCUACAAGCGAUAGCCAUGAACACUCAAACAUCUAUGACCAAGGGCAUAAUCAAUUUCCUUCAUUAUUCCCGUAUAUGAAUUAUGAUGUUGGAGCAUCAUGGG